UCAUUACUAUCUCAUAAACAUGUUGAAGGUGUUGGGUAUUAUACUUUCUGUGUUGGUGAUCAUUGCGACAGAUGUGUUGAUAGCACCUGUGCAAGGCUUUGAUAAUCCCGCUGAGAGAUCAGUUCGUGUAAUAAAUAAUUUUACGGACAAUAGUUAUACUCAGCUCUAUGUCCAUUGUCAUUCAAAGGAUGAUGAUCUUGGUGAACAUUAUCUUUCAAAGGGACAAUACACAGAGUGGUUCUUCGCCGAUAAUAUUUGGGGUACUACUUUAUUUUGGUGUCACUUUGCAUGGAACAAUGUGCAAAAGAGUUUUAGAGUUUAUAGUACCAAACAUGAUGAUGAGCGUGGAUAUUAUUGCUAUCUAGCUAUUAAAGAAGAUGGGGCAUAUUUUUACGAUGGAUUCCAAUACUGGAAUAAGAUGAUCCCAUGGUGAUUCUCCAAACCGUUAUAGUUUAAUAGCUGAAAAAAAACAAGUAAGAAUGCGAGUCAUGUUAUAUGAAUAAAUGUAGUACUUUAUAUAU